AUGGAAAAUCAGUUCCGAAACACCCGCACAACUUCCUUCGAGGUCUGGGGGAACAGGAACCUCGAGCGCAGCUCCCACCGUCGCCGGUCGCCCGACGUGGUCAGAGAGCCAGCACGAAUCCUGGCAGCUUACCGGCUGCAGCGGGAGCGAGACUUCGAAGACCCUUACUCCGGGGGGCCGUCCGGCUCCGCCGCCCUCACCACUCCCGCCGCCCCCGGCCCCACACCACCCCCGCGCCACGGCUCGCCUCCCCACCGCCUCAUUCGGGUCGAGACUCCUGGACCCCCAGCGCCCCCUCCCGAGGAGCGAAUCUCCGGACCCCCCUCUAGCAGCGACAGGUUGGCAAUCCUAGAAGACUAUGCGGACCCGUUUGACGUUCAAGAGACUGGCGAAGGCCCAGCAGGAGCUUCAGGAGCCCCAGAGAAGAUCCCUGAAAAUGAUGGCUACAUGGAACCCUAUGAAGCCCAAAAGAUGAUGGCUGAGAUCCGGGGCUCCAAGGAGACAUCAGCUCAGCCCCUGCCUCUGUACGACACACCCUAUGAGCCAGAAGAGGAGGGGGCAACCCCAGAGGGUGAGGGGCCCCCCUGGUCCUGGGAGUCCCGCCUGCCUGAGGAUGAUGAGAGGCCCCCUGAGGAGUAUGACCAGCCCUGGGAGUGGAAGAAGGAGCGGAUUUCCAAAGCCUUCGCGGUUGACAUUAAGGUCAUCAAAGACCUACCUUGGCCUCCGCCCGUGGGACAGCUGGACAGCAGCCCCUCCCUGCCCGACGGGGACAGGGACAUCUCCGGUCCAGCCUCACCCCUCCCUGAGCCCGGCCUGGAGGACAGCAGCGCCCAGUUUGAAGGAUCAGAGAAGAGCUGCCUGUCACCGGGACGGGAGGAGAAGGGGCGGCUACCUCCCCGACUCUCUGCAGGGAACCCUAAGUCAGCCAAGUCCCUAAGCAUGGAGCCCAGCAGCCCCCUGGGGGAGUGGACAGACCCAGCACUGCCUCUGGAGAACCAGGUAUGGUACCACGGGGCCAUCAGCCGCACAGACGCCGAGAACCUGCUCCGUCUGUGCAAAGAGGCCAGCUACCUGGUGCGCAACAGUGAAACCAGCAAGAAUGACUUCUCCCUCUCCCUCAAGAGCAGUCAGGGCUUCAUGCACAUGAAGCUCUCCCGGACCAAGGAACACAAGUAUGUGCUGGGCCAGAACAGCCCGCCCUUCAGCAGCGUCCCUGAAAUCGUGCACCACUACGCCAGCCGCAAGCUGCCCAUUAAGGGGGCUGAGCACAUGUCCCUGCUCUACCCUGUGGCCAUCCGGACUUUGUAGAUGUGUGGCCCGGCACCGUGACAGACCUGGGCCCAGCCCUGUACAGGCCCGUCCCCGCUCUGAGGGUUGUGGCGACCUGGCAGACUUUCCCCUUUCUCUCCUGGGAUCCAGUAGAAGUUGGAGAUUCCUUAAUUUAUUCCAAAGGGGAAGGGCUACCCGGGCUUGAGGAGUUAGGUGGCUGUAACUGGGGGUAGAGAAAAUUCUGAGGAGAAAGGACACUUUCAGGAGGAAAAGGGCUCAAGAGCCGCAGGUCUCUGGAGG